AUGGCGGACUGGGCACUGGGCGGCGUUGGCAGCGUGAGGCCGCAGGCCGCAGGGGCAUCGUGGUGUCAGGGGCUGAGGGGCGCCGCCGCUGGGAUCGAUUCCAUGGAAGGAGGCGUCAUGGUCGCGUCCUCGCGUGAGGCUCUCAAGGGUGCUAAAAUGGAUUUAGAUGCAAGUGAUGAUAAUUGGGAGAAGUCGUCCCGCACUCCUGAGGCAUCAAAUAAAAAUGACGCAUGGGGCAAAUCAGAAAAUACAUGGGACAAAAGAAAAGGAGAUGGAGGUGAUGGUGCCUGGGAGAAGAAGUCUGAUGAUGGCCAUGGCAAUUGGGAGCAUCCCAGCAACUGGAAUGGGCAGAGUUUGAAUGUAGAUCGGGACACGUGGGGAAAUGCCAGGGGCAAAAAGAAGGUAGAUGGUAACUGCCAAUGGGAGGAGCAGCCAAGCACUUACAAACGGAAGAAGACAAAUGUUGAUCAUGAUUCCUCCUAUAACAAUGUGAUGCCACCAUCAGGCAAUGCUUGGAAUGCUGGAGAUGGAAUUGGAAGACCAAAUGUCAAGUCUAAUGCAGGAUCCAGUUGGGGUGAGAAAGAUAAGAUGGAGUCUGAUGAGCAUCUGAAAGUCCCAAAAGAAUCAGACACAUGGAAUACAGGGAAAUCAAAUGAAAGUCCAUGGGAGUGGUUUCACAUGAAUGCAAUAACAGAAAGCUAA